AUGGACUACAACCCUGACGACGUCGGUAUCAGUUUCUGCGUUGGACAGCAUGAGAGCAAGCGCACAGAAACAAUUACUGCCGAGGUAGUGCAGGCAGCUCAUGAGAGUAGUUAUGAUAUGCUUACGACCCCGAUAACUACCUCCCACUUCCAAUCCCGGGUUUUAGGCUUGCUUUCCUCUCAUCUGUCCAACACUCAGGCGGUGUCUCCUGAUGCUCAUGGCACUCUGGGUACCACGGCGAACACGCAGCCCCUGGUUAUCCCACCUCUAGGGCCGUCGGAUACUCAUUUGACUCCAAAUGAUGCGAUGUCCCAAUUGGUGGGAGCUACUAGCUCUUGGAUUGACUUGUGUUCUCCCGAUCCGUUGGUUGCGGACAUAUCUCGCCAGGUGUUCAUGUUGGAAGUGGCCUAUGCAGCCUUUGUCGGUAUUGGAUACCUUUUGGUUCCUGGGCCAAAAUUGCAUCAUGGGAGCAUGCACUCGGAAGGCGUGGUGUAUUAUGCUCGAGCAAUCCAAGAUGCAAUCAAUCUUGGUCCUUACAUUCAGUUCCACAUUUGGUUGCGGACCGUUGACAACCCCGACCUGGAAGUAGAUGAGAUAGGCGACUUGAAACCCCGCGCUGAGUAUCUUGAAGGCUUCCCCGGAGCAGCAUCCCCGAGCGUGGAUCCGUUUGGAACAUGGGACGCCUGGGACACCAUCAGGAGAAUUUCUAGAUACCAUUCGAGACUUUUCGUAGCGCUUUCCUUGCCAAAAUACCUCCCGCCGAUGUCGGUCCAAACUCGGUGGCAUUCUGAGCCAGUCCACAUGCUCACUAUCGACGCAAACUCUUUCAUCAAGAACCAGAAGGGCUAUCCUGUCUUGUCCAAGGGACAUCAAGCUCUGAUUGCUCGGUUUAUGCGUCUUCGUACACCUCCCUGGAUACUUCUCUGCGAUGUUGGGCCCAUCCCAGGAGUGGAAGCAGAUGAGUCGUUUGUUGCGAACGUGCCCGGCUCCGAAUACCCGAGCCUGACGCAGGCUGCAGUUUCGAACAAGAAACACUAUGAUCCCACGCCUCAUUUGUCCUACAUUAGGAAUCUUCAAAAUCGGCAGCCUUCACGAAGCGCUCUGGAAAGAUUUGGAGUUGGCUAUCAGGACUACCUACAAGCUCCGCUGCAGCCAUUGACCGUCAAUCUGGAGAGUAUCACCUAUGAAGUUUUUGAGAAGGAUCCCAUCAAAUACGAAUGGUACGAGAGGGCUAUUGCCAAAGCUUUGAGCGACUGGGCAACGCAGAAAAAACCAACUUCAAACCCGGACGGUCGAGUGGUUCUGGCGGUAGUGGGUGCCGGUCGAGGGCCUUUGGUUACUCGAGCGCUCAAAGCAAGUGCCGAAACGGGCGUUGACAUCGACCUGUGGGUGGUUGAAAAGAAUCCCAACGCAUUUGUGCUUCUCCAGCGCCACAACCAGAACCUCUGGGGCGGAAAGGCUACCCUUGUCCAGUCCGAUAUGCGUAGCUGGAAAGGACCCCGAGUAGAGAAGAAAGAGCUUGCGCCACAGAACCCAGCCCCGGUUGGGCAAUCUCUGGGCAUCCAGGACUCUUACCUCUAUGACUCGAACACGUCACAAGCCCCCGAAACCGAGGCCAAGCCGACCGCGCCCGAGCUCGCCUAUACUACGAUUGAUAUCGUAGUCUCCGAGCUCUUGGGCUCAUUCGGUGACAACGAACUCUCUCCUGAAUGCCUGGAUGGCAUUACCCACCUAAUCAAUCCUGUGCACGGUAUCUCUAUUCCGGCCUCGUACACGGCCCAUUUCACGCCUAUCUCGGCGCCUAAGCUUCAUGCCGAUGUCAUGCACCAAACAGUCUCCAAUCCCGCGGCGCCCGAGACCCCGUAUGUGGUGAUGUUGCAUGCCGUCGACUUCCUUUCGGCAAAUCAGCCGUCCGCUGCUAGCAUCAUGAACAGUAACCUGGCCAACAGCAAUGCCAGCAACGUUCGGUCAUCUAUCGCGACCCUUCCAGGGUCCGAAACUCCGACCCCGUUUGUGCAAACAGCGUGGUCAUUCUCCCAUCCUAACAAGCACAUCCCACCUCAAUCCCCGUUCUCGUCAACUAUCUCGAAUGCACACAACGUGCGGCGAACACGGUUGGCCUUCCCCAUUCAAAACCGAGGCGUUUGCCACGGCCUGGCGGGAUACUUCGAGACCGUCUUGUACCGGGACGUAGAGCUGUCCACAAACCCCGUGACCAUGGACAGCAAGAGUGCCAACAUGAUCAGUUGGUUCCCUAUCUACUUUCCGCUUAAGAGCCCUCUUAACGUGCCUGAAAACGGCGAGGUUGUCGUCACCAUGUACCGGCAAACCGACGACCGGAAAGUGUGGUAUGAGUGGAUGGUCGAGGUCUUUGCCUUGGAAAGCCCCGCGGAGUCGUCGGCCACCGGGCUUAUUGCUCCUGUGAUGAGCGGAGCGAGGGCCGAUUCGCCCGGCGCUGACAGCAGCGGUCGCCCCAAAUCGCAGCCUAGCAAAAACAGCAACUCGGGCGUGCGACGGGUUAGGGUGGGUAUGAGUGAUCUACACUCAAGCAUCAAGGAGGGAUGUUUGAUGUAA